AUGGCAGAACCCCAGUUCGAAGUGAAACUUAUUCCAACAAAAGAGGAAUACGCUCGCCUUGUCGAAGUGCUAUGGGCCGCAAAUUUCAACCCAUACAACCCAAUUUUUACUGCUGUCCAUCCAAUCAAUGGCCACACCCCCGAAGAUCGCGCCCGAGACAAAGCACUCGAUACCGAAAUCCGGUGGAAUGCAAGCGAGAAAAACCCCUUCUCGCACCUAAUAUAUGUGAUCGAUAAAGAAACAGGAGAAGUAGCGGGAGGCUGUGAAUGGUUCAUUUUCCACGAAAAUCCAUUCCCAAAUGGGCCGCAGCAAAUCAAAUGCACCUGGUAUCCCGAGGGAACAGAGCGUGCUGAGUACGCGGAACGUAUGCUAUCGAACGCAUUCUUUCCUCGACAGUGUUGGUUGCAACGUCCACAUGCUGGUGUCAAUGCCAUGGGCGUACACCCGAAGUAUCGACGACGCGGGGUUGGGCGACUUCUCAUGGAGUGGGGCCACACGUUGAUUGAUCCACUGGGCUACGAGAGCUUUAUUGAAGCCAGUCCGGUAGGGCGCUGGCUUUAUGAACAGUAUGCGUAUCGGCGAGUGAUGGGUUUGCAUAUUGAUUUUGACAAGCCAAAUCCGAGUGAUGAGUGGUUGCGGCUAGUGCAUGAGUGCAAGCCACCCGGUAUUUUGCUUCUUUGGAGGCCGCCUCGUGGGGAAUGGACGGAGAAAGUCCCACCAGGUCCUUGGGCCGUCUCUGAGAAAACGUUUGAGUAG